AUGAAACAAACAUUGGCAAUUAAAAAAAAACAUAUUGAAAAACAUAUAAAUAAUUGUCAAUCACGUUUACCAUCAACUGAAUUAAUUGAUAAUAAUAUUAUUAAAUUAACAAGCUCUGAUAGAUUUUUUAAUUCAAGUUCAUUACUUGAUUCAACUUGGUUAAAAGGUAAAAUAAUCAAUAAUGAAUAUCGUCAAGCAAUUAAACAUAUUAAUCGACGUAUUGGUCAAUCAUUAACUGGUACAUUAAAUAAUCUUCCAAUAAAUCAAAUAUCAAUAACUCAAUUUACUAUAUUAGCUAUUGAAGAAUUACAUGCUAAAUAUGCAGGACAUAUGAAUAAAUUUGAACAAAAAAUCGUUUUAAAUGAAUCAUUAGAAGAAAAAAGUAAGAUAUUUGAAAAUCAAUCAAUAACUUGUAUUGAAGAUUUCUCAAAUGAAAUUUUUUAUGAAAUUUUUGAUUAUUUCAAUGGUUAUGAAAUAAUUGAAAAAUUUUCCAAUCUUAAUUCUCAAUUUGAUAAACUUCUUUAUUCUUCAUCAAUUUUAAUUAAAACUCAUUUUUUUUUAUUUCAUUAUCAAGAAAAAAUAAUAAACACAUUUAAUAAAUUAGAAAUAUUUUCAACUAAAAUAUAUUCAAAUUUGAAAAUUUUAUCUAUUAGUUUUUCAAAAAAUAUUGAUUUGCUUGAUGCUCAUCAAUGGGAAAUAAUUAUUUUAAAUUAUUAUCCUCAAUUAGAAAAAUUCUAUUUGAAUUAUUAUGAAUCUAUAAAUAAUGACAAUCAAUAUCCAAUUUAUUCUGGAAAAAUAAAUGAAUUUUCAUCAACAUUUUGGAUUGAACGAACAUGGAUAUUUUAUGUUGAAAUUAACUUUCUCAAUAUUGAAUAUAAAAUUCGUCCAUACAAUAAAAAAUGGUAUGAUGAUAGAAAUAAUAAUAUAAUUAAUUAUUUUACUAAUUUGACAUUAAACGGUGGUCGGAAAUUUUUCGGACAAAAUGUUCAAAGCUGA